AUCAUGUCACAUAAGCUGCAAACCGUUCCAUGUGUGUUUGGUUUAUAAGCGGACGUAUCUUGCAUCAAUCCAUUUCUUGUAUAUAACCGCAGACAUGCCAUUGAUUGAUCAUAAUAUAAUCAUCACACGCUGAUCUACCUGCCGUUCAAUCGAGCGUGUAAUAUCGAUAAGGUAAAAUUUGUGAGCAAAAAAUUGCUCCUUACUUAAUUCAAACAUUAUACGACACCACUAACAUUGUUUCGUAUGUUGAUCGACUGAAUUACAGCCAUGAUAAAAGCGAAAAUACGGUGUAACGGGGUUGAAUUGGCAAAACCUCAUCAAUUUCACGAAACCAGCAAUUCGCACAAAGUCGAAGGACUUUUAAUUAAUUCACAUUGACGUUUCGGCAAAGGCUAAACAUCAAAAUUAAAUUCCCUUUGUAAACAACUGCUUUGCUCCACUUAUCUCGACUCAGCGCAAUGCGAAAUUAAUUAGAAUUUGAGUAAAAAUUGAAGUGCUCCACUCCUAUGCUUUUAAUUAAUUUAAUCACGCGUGUCUCGCAGUUAGAGGGACAAUAUAAUAUCCCGUGUCAUGUUAAUUGAAAUUAAACUUAUCGUACACACAAAACGGUCAUAUUAUUGAGUUCGCCAAAUCGUUGUAGAAAGCGUUCUUGAAUGCAAUAUUUCUAGUUCAUUUCCUAAAGCGUCAUCCCCGAGCGUGAUUUUGGCGUAUGGGUCUAAUCAAAAAUUGCUUGUAUUAAAUUGUGUAGUUUUCGAAUAUUCAAACCGGCCACCAGUCUAUUAUUAAUUAGAAUCCUAAAACACGUGCAAUGUAAUAUAAUCAAGCUUGUGUGAUCUAUAUUGGCUGCGCACUUUUCAAAAUAUCAAGUGCUCAACUUAUACAAGUCAAGAAAUUAAUAAAACGCAAUUUACUGUUUCUAAACAGCGUCGCUUUUCCGCUCUUCAAAAUGCGAUGUGGCAGAACGUUUCGUAGGAACAUGUUGUUGCAACAUUUCAUGUCCUGAUGUACUCGACUUGCUGGUGGAAUUACUAUUAAUUCGAACCGAAUUUCAACGAUCGUAGAUUUAUUAAAUUCUUAAACAAAUAUAAGGGUUGCCGUGCAUAACUUGAAAAAUGGCCACAGCGAGUGAAUUGAAGCUGAGCUGCGAAUUGGAGGGGGCUGAGCUGUCGAACAAUAGUAAGGCGUCGAACGGCAGCAGGGAUGCACUUCUGGUUCAGGAUUCUGUCUGCCGUGACCGCAAAGUCGAGUUGAGAAUGGACGAGAUUACUAGCAAGUUCAAGAACGCAUUCGAGCGAAUGGCCGAACUAGAAUCGCUGCAGUUGUCGAUGGAAGAGGACUCCCACGAAAAUAUGAAGGAAAAAUGGUUUCAGGAGAGCGCGAAGAAAACGAAUUUCCAAGAUAAAGAAGGUGUGGGGAGAUCUUUGACAAGUUCGAAUGCAGCUGCAGGUUUGUUAAUCCGUACUAAAGAAGAGAGACUCUCCCCAAUGCCUGACGAAAAUCAGGGGAUUAGGACGAAGAGCUUGGAGGUUGAAAGCGAUUUCGAUGUGGAACGUCACCAAACCAGGCAUGAGGUCUCUGACGAGAGAGGCUUUCCUCCGGAAUGGUCCUACGAGGAACAAUUCAAGAAGCUUUACGAUUUGGGAGACGAAGCUGAACGAAAAGAAUUCCUGGAUAAAUUGUUUGCUUUCAUGCAACACAGAGGUACACCUGUUAACCGAGUACCAAUCAUGGCGAAACAAACACUAGAUUUAUUUAAACUCUUCAAACUUGUCACUGACAGAGGCGGUCUUGUAGAGGUUAUUAACAAGAAAAUAUGGAGAGGAAUUAUAAAAGGUCUGAAUCUUCCAUCGUCAGUGACAAGUGCAGCCUUUACUCUUCGCACACAAUACAUGAAGUAUUUAUAUCCCUACGAAUGUUCGACCAUGAAACUUUCAUCUCCUACGGAGCUUCAGUGUGCCAUCGACGGCAACAGAAGAGACACAAGUCGACGGCCAUCCAUUGGACACUAUACCUCAAUGGUUGAGCCCGAAGUUGGGUUUUAUUCCAACUCGACAAGCCCAAAAUCCAACUGUUCAUCACCGACUUUAAAGCGUCCUUCAUCGCCGACCAUCAGCCAGUCUGCGAUGACAAUGAGGUUACCUGGGGAGAGUGAGUUCGUGUCCCCUUCCUUUCACGGAAACAAUGGUAUCGGCUUCGCUCCUGCCAUUCAGCGGAUGAUCACGUCAACCUCGGAUUCCCGCACUCCGUAUAAAUACGACACUAGAGCCCAUUCUCCCGGCUACACGAACGGUAGAGCAUCGUACGAACCUCCCUACAAGAGGAUCGCAAGCAGCGAGGAGAUUGGGAAACAUAUAGCGCUGGCACAAGGUCCUUGGGCUAAUAUUAAAAUCCGAACAAAUGGCGGAAGAGGUAUCCCAGUUAUCAACGAGAAUGGGGAGGAAAAGAAUCAGAACAAUGAACAGAUUAAUAACUCCGCGGGAAAAUCUCCAAACAGAGUGCCGGGAACUACGUUUGAACACGGGAAUGAUAAUUCUAUCGCUGUUUCAAUCGAACUUAAUGGAAUUAAAUACCAAGGGGUGCUUUAUGCCCAGCAUAGGUGAAACCUUUUGCGGAUUCUAGUUCGCAACCCUGGUAUGCAUGGCGAGCUUGAAAACACUUUCUUCUGCGAACUUAAAUCGAUUAAGGAAACAAUUUUAUUUUGUUUUGUUAUGUCACAUCAAUUUCGUGAGGAUUGGUUCUCUUCGCAAUACAACGUGCUUCGCCUCAGUCCUCCGCGCGCCUUCCUGUUCUUGUCAACAAAGCGGAAGGCAUAAUUCUUUGCAGGCGGAAAAGAUAUUGACAUAUGGAUGUCUCCUUUGCCGACAACAGUUUCAUUUAUUUAACAGAAGACAAUUACGUUGCUGAUGACAAAAAUUCGUUGAAAGGUAACCAAUCUUCUCUUGAUUGGUGUGACAUAUUAGGCAUUUUAUUUUAACAUUGCUAUCGUUUUAGGAUUUAAUAUCGCAAAAAAAGAGUUUUUUUGUACGUGGUCGACAUGCCGUCGAUUGCGCGGGCUAGCAAUAGUGAUAAUUCUAACUUUUACUGGAGGGGUGGGAGGAGCCUGUUAUACCAAUGUAGGUUAGAUGACAAUACUUUAGACAAUGAAGAAAUAGGGUGUGUCCUACAACCCUCCCCCGCCCUGUAUUAAGCGAAGCGAGUGUCAGCUGACCACAUCGAUUGCUGGCCACUGGUAUUUAUUUAUCUUGAGCACAAUCUGUAAGUCUGUAAUAUAUCUAUCUAGUCGAGUGUUAAAUUACUUAAAUAUUUCUUGAUUAAGAAGUAAAACUACGAA